UCUAAUAUAAAGUGUUUUUAUUGGAAACAAUAUAAUUUCUGUUUAUAUUUCUGUUCAUACAAAAGAUGGUUGAUAGAAGUUUUUUGGUUUUGGUUUAGGUUUGGUUUAUUUCUAGAUGCAAGGGCUCAUUUAGUUUUUGUUCCUAGUUUUAUUGCACUGUGAUCAGAGAAUGUUAACAUUUCUACAUUUUGCGAAUUUUUUUCUGAUUUAAUAUAUGACCAUAUGUACCCAAGAAGAGAGUUCAGCCUCUUUUGUCAGAUUGUGCUGUUGACUAGUCUGCCAGUCUGACUCUGGGAAGCCUCCUUAGAGAUGGCCCUGACCGGUCUGUCAUUCUGAGGAAGGAUCAGAGCUACGUCUGGCAGGGUGUGCCCUGCUCAGAUUCCUUACUUCCUUCUGUGGCUCUCAGCUGGUCCCUUUGAGCUGAGGCAUUGUCUGCUUUCGUGGCCGGCAGCCCUGGAGGGAAGCUGUUGUUGGUUUUUUGUUUGUUUUGGUGCUGGGGAUUUCUAAAUACAUUUAUCAGCAGAGUGUUUCCUGGGAGCAGAUUUAGAGUAGAGCAUGCAUGGUAUUUUUAAAAUAAAGGCAGGAAAUAUGGCUAAGAAGUGUCAUGUAGGAGCUGACACAUGUUCUGAGCCUGUAUACAUUUUGGCUUUUUGCUUCCUAUCUACAUUCAGUAUUUAUCAAUAGCAAAUUUAAGGGUGAGAGAAACAAGUGGGCAAAAGAGCUUGCCACAACUGGAAAAGGGGGAACACUACGUAUACAUGGGCACUUAGAAAUCAGGCGGUAUCUGUUACGCCCUAGAAAAUGUACAGGAGGUAGCUCCAUGUCCCCUUCAGAAACACAGAUAUCAAGCAGAAACUACCAGAACAAAGUUUGUCAGUUCUCUGAAGAACAGGCAAAGGUCUUCCCCAGCAAGAGCUGAGUCAAGAAAAGGCAGCUAGAGAGUGUGAGGAGAGCUUUGAAGUAUCCACUUGUCCCACCUCCACUCAGGACCUGAUCCUUGGUUCCAGAGGGAGCGGAGCUUGCCUUGAUCUCAAAGAGGCAUGUGUGUCUCUUCUCCUGAGUCCAGGGCUGCCUGGAGGACUGAUCCAGGUGCUUGUCAUUGUGCCCAUUUGGCACAGGAAAGUGGUGGGCAAAAUAAUUACAGUUGAAGCAAACAAUAGGACACUGAAUGCUCUGGAGGAAAAGCCAAGGAGAGACAUUCUUUGGGAAAGUAGGCCAUACUAAAGCGCUUGUGAAUACUGGAAAAUCUAAAAAGCCUCCUGCCUGUCCAAGACAACUCCCAUGCUUGGAAAAGACCUUCUACCUUAGAUUGGUCUUGAGGCUCAGUGCAAGGAGGAAGUGAAGGCUGAGGCAUCGUUGGGAACCCCCUGGCUAUGCAGCGAAGCGGGCCGAUCACAGAGCCACUCACAAACACUGGGAGAGGUUUCCUCUCUGUCUUUCUGGCUCUGGCUGUGUCUCUCUUCUCCUUUUGGCUCCUUAAUCUGUGCUCAGUUCAUGAGGGAAGCCUGGUGUAGAUGCUGAGAAUGUCUGCAAGAGCAGCAAACAGAGCUGGCUGCCUGUCCUUGGAGGAUGCUCAGGCAGGGAGGAGUGACCCUUGGUGGCAUGUGCAGAACACUGAGCUUCUCAGCUGUCUCAGCUUUAAUCUUUGGAGAUUGCUGGGGUUGGUAUGCCAGUCAGAAGUAGAGUUGAUCCUAAUUCUAUCUGAAUGUUUUAACCCCAAGGCAGGGCUCACCCUGCUGUCUCUGGGAGACCAAUGCAGAGGCUGAUCGUCCAAUCCUGCAGGGGACUACAGCAGCCACAGUCACAGCCCAGCCAAGAUCCCAGCUGCCUUCUCUGUACACAGUGCUGACUAUGCCUGACACAUGCUGUCUUUCCAUACAGGAAGGACAUUCCCAUGGAGCAUGUGACGUACGCAGACAGAGAGCAGACCAAGAAGGUGGUAUACUCCGUGGUCUAUGGAGCAGGGAAGGAGCGGCUUGCUGCUUGCCUUGGAAUUACUGUUCGGGAAGCCACCCAGUUUUUGGAGAGCUUUUUGCAGAAGUACAAGAAAAUCAAAGACUUCUCGCAAGCAGCUAUUGACCAGUGUUAUCACACAGGUAGGGCCGCCGCAGCCAUGCCCUGGCACCCUGGCUUCCUCUCCUCUGCAGCUUCCAGUGCUGUCUGUCACUCCUAGCUUUACAGCUGGCAG